GUGGCUUCCGGUAUCAUGGCUGUCAAUCAUUGAAUAUAUUGUGUUGAUUAUGACUUUAGUGGUGAUGUUGUGUUUUCAUGUUUAAGAAAUGGACCCAACCAGCAAGGAAAGUGAAGAAUCAACUCACAAUGAGAAGAAGUCAGCGGUCGCGUGUUCAGACGCGCACCAUGACACAGGAGUCAGCGAAGAGAACGUGGAAGACGCUGAUGUUGAUAACGAAGAUCGUGAUGAUAUUUACAUGGUACCCGGCUCGAGUUCGGGAAACGGUGGGUCUGAUGCCAUGCAUUCAAGCAUGUUACGCAUACCAACACCUGAAGAGUCUAAUUUCCUCAUGGAAAAUAAAAAUACAAACAGGAAAACUGGUGCAGAUAUGAAAAUCCUUGUUAGCUACUUAAAAUCUUUGAAUGAAAAGCGCCCACCAGAAUGCAUCCCACCAAUAGAACUUGAUAAAUACCUGUCCUCCUUCUUCAUGGUUGUAAGAAAGUUUGACGGAGCUGAAUAUGAACCUUGCAGCUUAAGGGCAAUGCUGGCUAGUAUUGAGAGGUACCUGAAACUAAAAUGCUACCCAACAUCAUUGACAAGAGAUAUUCACUUCGCCAAGACAAGAGCUGCCUUGAAGCUGAAGCAGCAAAUGUUGAAACAAAUGGGUAAAGGUGUGAAGUCACAGAUAUCAUCAACAUCACAUGUCAUGGAACAGAGACUGUCACAGUUAUGCAAAUCUCAAGAAUUUGGACCUUACACUCCUGUGUCUGUGCUGUUUUCUCUGUGCUUUGUGUUUGUUGUGAAUUUGAAAAUGAGAAAAGCAACAGAACACAAGAAAUUGUUGUGGGGAGACAUAAUGUUAGGAGUAGAAGAGGACUCUGGGAGAGAAUAUCUUGCAUUUUCCCCACAAAUGCUGCACAGAACAGCAAACAGUCACUUGCGUCAAUCCCGGCAGAUGAUAUGGAGCAAGCCAGAGAUACCAGAACAGGAUCCCGUGGCUUUGUACAAACUAUAUGCAGAAAAACGACCUAUUGCUGCCAAUCACAGAUACUCUCCAUUCUACCUUGGUGUAAACGUCAAUCAACCAGCCCCUGCUCAGUCCUGGUAUCGCCCUUGUGCUCUGGGUAUGAACAAACUUAAUGAGAUGGUGAGACAGAUUCGUGACCUAACAGGAAUGGCUGCCCAAGUUGCCCCAUUUGAAGGUACUGCUGCUGUAACUGGUGAUGGGGACUCAAACUGUGACUCAACAAAUGCCUCAUCAGUUGAUAAUGACGAGGGAGAAUUGAACACAAGCCAGAUUGACAGUUAUGGUCGACAAGACAGUAAGGUGUCUGAUGUUCUUGCGUACCAUGUGAUUGAGCAACCAGAUUCUGAACUGGACUCCAGUGAUAGCCUGUCCCAUCAAUCCCUCUCAUUUAAUGAAGAAGUGGUGGAUGAUGUUGCUGACCAACCUGAUAACUGCCAUGGAACUGUGUCAGGCUACUCUACGGAUGAUAACUUUGGUAAUGAACCCCACCAUUCUGAGCACACAGAGUACAUUGAUUUAGCUACAGCUAAACAUCAGCUGUCUGGGAUUUUACAAAGGAUGGACAUUUUGGACCUGGUAGCAUUUGACCAGUGGUUAAAGAAAAUGAAGAUUGGUCGGGACACUGCAACAGGUGAGAUAGUCUUUCGGGAAGAUGGACGAGGGAUGCAGAGUGUCAGUCAACUGCUGUCGCGGAAGAGAAGUCACGAUUCUGAUGUCAUUGACCUCAGCCCUGACAAGACCAAGUUAGAGAGUCUACAAGAGUCCACCAACAUCACCCUCAACAUCUCCCUCACACCCCAGGCUCUUCUGGGAGGGGGACCAGUCACAGUCACCGCCCACACCUCCAGGGCACCUCCAGUCACAGACAUACCAGACGAUGGUCCAAACCAGAACAAGAAUCAAGACAAAUUGCCACCCACAAAACCCAGCACUCCAUCUGGGAUAGCUAAGUCAGUGUAUCCUAUUCAUAUCAUCCCCAAUGCUACAUCAGAAAGCAGUACAACGAAAUAUUCACGUCUUUCGCCAGGUGUGGCCAAAAGAGAUGGACAUUAUUCCUACAGCAGCAGCAUAGCUAGGGGAGGAUCAAGUUACUUAAAACAGUCGAGUUCAGGACAUGGAACCACUGUGUCCAGUAAUUGCAGCCGCCCAGUGAACUCCUCCCACCACUCCACUCUCUCGCACAGAUCUGAACCUUCCAUAGUCAAGACAGUGCUGCAGCAAACCCUUCGACCAUCAGCCAAGGCAGAUUUCUCUCAGUACUUGUCACGGUCCAUGUAUCACCAUCCUACAAGCAGCAGCAGCAUCACCAAUGGGCAUUCAGGCCCUAUACCAGAACCUGGUUCAGGACCAGUUUUUCCCAAACCUGAACCAGUUUGAACGAAAGUCACAACUGUCAUAUCUAGUCCUGAAGCCACCUACUCAUAGCUAUUCAUCAUUUGCUCACAUUUAACCAAAAGUACCAUUUGAAGAGUCAACACCCAACGAUUUUUUCAUAUUUAUAUAAAGAUAUUAUUAUUAUUAUUGACCCAGUGAUAUACAUGUAUUUAUGAUGUAGGGCAGUAGCUGUGGUGGAUCUUGAUGGGUGGAUGGUUCUUGUAGGGUGGAUGGAUCUUGAUGGGUGAGAGAAUCCUGAUAGGUGGGUCAUUAUUACUAUUAGCAUUGGUGGAAGAGAUCUUGUCCAUAAUGCAUUUAUUCUGUAUACAGGGAAUAUACAGACAUGUACUUAGAUCUGCAGUUAGUUUGUUUAUGGUGGUGAGGUUGGAGAUGUAUAAUGUUUAGUUCACGCGGCUUAUGAAUCUUACAAUGUUAAACAUAUAUCUUUUCUGUGAUAAGAAACACAUUUGUUGAGUACAAUCUCAGAUUGAAGAACAUUUGUUCAGUUUCUGAUAGGGAUGAAACGAUUUUGAAAUGUAUUUAAUUGAUCACAAGUCAUUCCACUUAGGAUGAAGCAGUGUCCAAUUGUACACUGACGAGGUCAAGUUGUUACAACUUCUGUCAAAAGCACUUGGGGACUUAAAAAGUUGACUGAAGUAAUAUUUGUUGUCAGAGAUCAAGCAGUUUUUAAAUGUGAUGAAACCCAACCUGGUGACAGUUACUUGGCAAUUUAAUACCCUUCUACACUGCUGUGUUUGUAAAAUGUUCUGAGUUGAUAGGUGGGGUGGGGGGUAAAUAACUAAAGAAAACAUUUUAGUUCAUUUUUGGUUCACCUGGCUAAAAGUCAAGAGUGGUUAUGUAGUGACAUGUUUGUCCACAGUUUUGGACCUUUACUCAGUAAAUUUCUUUUAUUCAAAAUGUUUUGAAGUUUGCUGCAUGUGCUGUUAGUAGUGGGAUUCAAGUGUAUGUACUGCUUUUUUCAAUAUCAGUUAGUUUUGCCUUAAUUUGAUCUUUACACUUUGACCAUUCUGAAAUCUUAUGGCUAUCACUCAGCCAUUCUUUUCUGCAAUGUAAUUAAAUCAGGUGUACUUAUUGAUGGGUUCAAAUAUCUGUAUAGUUUUCUUCAUAUUACAAAUCUUUACACUCCAAAAUUCUAUCAAUAUGCAUAUUUAGGUCUAUUUUAGUUUAAGUUCUUUGUUUCAGUGUUUAUAUGAAUGUCAGUGCCGACAGCUACUAUUGAUAAGCAGAUGUACAUUUGGUGACAUUUGAACCUGUUGACUGCAUAUCCAGGUGAGCUAAAGUGCCAUGACACUAUUAUUUUGUUAUGUAAAACGUAGGUGGAAUCCAUAAUUGAAUUGUUAUAAAGUCUUGCCUGUUAUUGUUGUGAUACACAUAUAUUUUAAAAAAUCUUGUAUUGACAUUUAUGUAUCAUUACAGGAUACCAGAAAAUAGCAUUUUAAAACCCAUUUAUAUAACAUGAAAAGAAUUGGAAAAUAUAACAGAAACUUUCAUUAGAAGAAGAAACCAUGAAAAUUCAUAUCAUGGAAUGUGUGUAGUCUUAAGAAUAUUUUUCUACAAAUUUAAUCUGAAUAUUUCUCUAAUUUUAUUUAUUUAGAUUUUUAACAUGUUUGUACCAUCAUGUUUUUCAUCAGCAUUUUAGUUGCUAAAGAUUCAUUUGCGAAACAAUUAAUGUUAUGCAUUUGUUGUGGACAUCCCUGUAUUUUCUCAUCUUUAUUUAUGACUGACAUGUCUGUGAGGCACAUAUUUCACCACUGUGUAAUGAGACCAGACAAAUGGCAUCUUUGUGCAUUUUAGGCAAGGAAGCUACAUUUAUUAUGGUAUGUUUACUAAAUUAUAAAUUCCUGUGAAUUGUCUCUUCAUUGCUUCACAAAUUUCACUGAUUUUGCCCAUCAUAUCUAAUGUCUAGGUAAUUAUUAUUAAUGUCACAUGAUUGACAAAGUUGUGAAUAAGAUCUGGUUUAUUGUUGUUUAUUUUAUCUGAGACAAACAGUUGUACGACACUACUUAUGUUUUAGUACUAAAGUUCACAGUCAACCACUAAAACAUUAUGAAGUUCUGACCACCCGCCAUUAAUACCAUGAAUAGUGAUCUUGUCUUUCACUGCUGUGAAGUGCAUGUACUUAACUUUACAAGACUUCUACAUGAUGCUUACAUUCAGUUAUAUGACACUCAUCCCAUAGAACUUUCCGACAUUAACACAUGAAAUCAUAUUGAAGUACAUAACUCAACCAAAGCUUGAUGCAAUGUUUUUAACAUGAGUUCAGUUAAUCAGUAACGACAUAUUAAUUAUGGUCACAUGAAACAACGUUGUGUUCUCCAACUUGUUUUGAUAUUAUAUAUUAAUACAUCAGUCUCCAUUAUUGUAAACAGAAACAUUUGCUGUGUUGUGUUUUCAGGAAACAUUUCAACAUGCUAUUACACAUUAUUUCCUAAAGUUCCUGGAAAAUGUUCCAAUUCCAAAUUGAUCGACAUACCUCUACGAAAAUUUAUACAGGCCAGUUUUUUCUGUUACUGUAACUACAAAUAUGUAACAUCAAAGUUUCUACAAGUAUCAAAGUCCUCAUUGAAUAAUGUUUGAGUUUCUGACAGACUGACCAGAGAAAUAACACUAGCUUAGUUUGUGACUAAGAGUUUGUCAGCUUUGAGAUGAACAUGUCAGGUGUAUAUUUUUGUAUAAGAGGAUGGGAAAUAUAUUUGUGAUUUCAUAGAUUCGUCUUAUUCAAGCCAGCCGUGUUGUGCUCUUUCAUGAAACUUUGUUAGUCUGUCUCCCAGACCCCGGAGAAUAAAUUAAAAAUUAAAUCCAACUCCAGUGUAGGAUAAUUUGGCAAGUCUAGAUUUAAGUUGUAUUCUGGGUUCCAGUAGUGUUUGUUUCUAUUUUUUGUAGAUAUAUAUCUUAAAUAAGAGAACAUUAAUUCUGGGACUAAGUGUUAGUCCAGACACUUGUCAACUACCCAAAAUGGCAUAGUCUGUAUCCAGCUUCCAUGAGAUGUGAUUGGUAUUGAUUUUACAGGUCUAUUUUCACUACCUGUACUGAAUUAUCUCCCCUUGAUCAUGUUACGUCAGCAGAUGUACUGAUGUUUGGAAAGAUGUUUUGGUAGCCAGAAAAGGUUGUUGUUGUUAAUAGCAAUGCUGUUUUGCAGAGAAAAUGAUUUGCAUUUGCCUUUAAUAGGAGAUCAGUUAAACAGGCUUCUGCAAAUGACAGUCCUGAGAAAUAGUGUCUAGUGGAAAGAAUUUGUCCCCAAUUUGAUUGUGCCUAAACUGACGAAAUGGAUCAACUAUGCAUUACAAUAAUAAAUUUGAAAUAAGUCACCUGACAUCAAAUUACUUUUGCCUUCGGCUUGCUCUCAAAAUCAGAGGGAAAUUGUUUAGGUAAAUUAAUUGAAAGUAAAUUGUCAGUGUUUGGUGGAUUUUUAUAUGUGGAAACAAAUGACCAGUGUAUGGAUUUAUUCCUGCAUCUGUAGGGAAGUUCAGAGCCCCAGUCUAUGGAAAAGCUGCACUUCAUCACAGUCUUUCCAUCUGCAGUCUGCUGAGUGUUAACUCAUCCAAGUCGCUUAUGUUUCCUCCAAACUAUUUCCAAAAUAUGUCUUGUCAGGAUCACAGUCAAUCACAUUAGGCUAGAGAGUGGUUUUUAAACAGACGGACGUGUUUGUUUAUGUUGGUAUUGCAGCUGUGAAGGUCACAUGAUAUCAUGACUGAUAGCAGCCUGUCAUUUGGCAACAUAAGAGCAUUUUCAAAUUACAGUAACCUACAUAUUGCCUGAUAACUUGGGGACCAUUUUGUGAUAAUUCGUUUCAUUUUAGCUGAAGUGAGAUAAAAUCAUAGGGGUACAGCAAUACAUUACAGCAAUGUUACAGUAUUGGCUUCCUAGUUCUGUCACAAGCUUCUCUGGCAUUUCAGAGAAUUCCAUUUUUUUCCUGUUAUGUUAUUUAAAGAGGACUGAUUGUUGAUACAGCAAUCAACUUGACUAUUGUUAGAUUUCAUGGCUGUCAUGUGACAUCCUGACAACAUCCAUUUUUGCACCGAUUACUUGUUCCAGGAACCCUUACCAUGCAGGGCUGUCUAAGAGUUUCAGGUUAUAUAAAAUGAUAUUUAAUAAUGAGGCACAUGAUGGAGAUUGUUAUUGUGUAUUUCCUUAUGAACCCUGGGAAUUAUUUUUUGAGACACUCGAUUCUUGUCACUCUUGUCAAUGUCUCCUUUGAAAGCCAUUUCUGAAGGUAUGCUUGUUCUCUUACCUUUCUUAAGUUGGAAGAUGUCUUUUUAGAUAUUUGUAAUACAAGUGUUGGGUCAGUGUGACCUUUUUAAUUCAUAUGUGCCAUAUGUUGAUUGUAACACUGGACACCUCAGUGAUGUAUUUGCGAAAAGUCCUUAAACGCUUUCAAUUGAUUCCAUACUCAUUUCUCAUAUCAAAGAUCUAACUUCCUCUCCUGGUUGACUAGCGCUUCACAUAACAAUUCACACCAUAUUCACUGGAGAUGAAUGAAACUUUGUCUUAAGAGACAAGCUCAAACUCACUUCGAUUAGUUAUCUCAGUCUAAGGUCAAGGUCACCAGAAAUUCAAAAAAAUUUCAGUGUCAGUUUGGAUGUUUCUUGUAUGUAAUGAUUAUGUGAUUAUAUUCAUGUGAUUGGUCUUCUUGAUGACAGACGAGUGACCAAACUUGUCAUGCAAAUUAUUAGCCCUGUUUGAUCAUAAUUUCCAUGGUAUUUCAAAGUUUUAUUAUGUACUAGGUCAAAAAUGUAGGGGAUAGUGGAACUCGUCAAGACAAAUUUGCUUAUCCAAAUGGAAUGAUCAUAUCUGAUGGGACAUGGACGUAAAGAGUGAACCGUAUGUCUCCAGAAGCCCAACAUUAAUUAUCCUGGUGGUGACGUUCCCAACACCACUGAUGCCUCUGAUUAUAAUGAUCUGUACCGAAGUUGUUGGAUGACACACUGACAUCAAAGGAAAUGCUACCUUUCAUUUCCAGACAUUGUUCCUGUAGUUCACCCAGUGUGUGAAAUAGUUUCCAAAUUUUGCUAGCCAGACAGGCUAGCUAUGCCUGAAAGUUACUAGCCCACAAAAUAAUUCACUAGAUUGAAAUUUGAAUGUAGACACAGCUUUCAUCAUUAAGCUGUCAAUAUGAUGACCAUAAUGAGGCCAUAAUUUUGCAUGAUUUAAAAGUGUAUUAUAACUUAACAAGUCUGAGAGAGGGAUAUAUUUACAAAAUGAUCCCAUGAAAAUUCACUAGCCUAGUGUGGCUUUUUUGCACACUGGUUUCACCUAACAAAAUAAUACCCCAUACCCCUUUUUGCAUAGUAUAUAACAUAUAUCUGCACUUUUCUGAAACAAAACGAACAAAUGUAUCAAAACCAUUACUAACGAUCCAUAAAAGUGAGCUUGACCUGUCAAAGAGUCAAUAUCUGUGUUGAAAUAGUGUACACUAUAUGUACAUGUAUAUAUUAUGGACAGCUGAAUUUGUUUACAUUCAAAACACAAGCAGGUGAUGGGGCUGCUGUUUUUUAUGCUAUGCAGACAUUCUACUGUAGGAUUUCCAUGUACAUGUUUCUUGCCUCGUACUUAAUGUCAUCAAGGCAAUUCUCUCGAACUUACAAUUAAUUCUUGUUGCCAUGUUUUACAUUCUAGUCAGUUUUUGGUGCUUACAUAAAAUAUGAUUAAUUUUUGAUACCUCAUAGUAACAUGUUUGACCCUGGUACAUUGCUUUAUGAUGCUAGUAGUCUAGUGCUAGUUACUUCCGAGUAACUUAGGACCAGUCAUUAAUUACAAAAGGGUCCAAAGGAUUUUGACUCACUAACAGACUGAAAAUAAUUAUUCUACCCUAAUGCAUUUCAUAUUUGUGGAUGAUCCUCCUCAUUGUCCGUGUACAUUUCCUUCAUCCACCCCUCAUAUGUCAGAUUUUUAUGCCCCUCACAUCACGACCAAACAUUACUAUAAUAAAUGACGGAUCCCUAACACAGAGCAGUUUACACACAGCAGCUUUGAAAUACACAAUGCCAUUUUAGAAAGUGGUCAAAUGUAACAUAUGUUUUAUUUGGGUUACACUUUUUCAGUAAAGUACAGAUUCUAGUACAUUUUUUGGGGUUGAGUCCCAUCC